GUGGGCACUCAGUCUGGUGCGUAAAGAUGGCGGAUGGUUUCCCUGUGUGUGUGUGUGUGUGUGUGUGUGUGUGGUUGGUUCCAGACUUCACCCCGCGUCAGAGACGUCAGAUGUAAAUGCAAGUUGUUGUUGUUGUUGUAGUAGCAGUUGCUCUCAGGUUUUUGGCCCCGGGGUUGGACUUCGCGGUCGUUCCUUUGCCACAACCUCAAUCAGAACAUGAGAGCAUUUCUUCUCCCAUUGGGGAUUAUUAUUAGGCUCUGUGUGGAGUAAGGAAACUUGCCCGAUCCUAUCAACAGGCUAAUAACUAGGGUCGACGUCUACAAAGGGAAAGAGGCAUCGGCUGAAUUGGAUAAGCUAUUUCCAAAAACCUGAUCACAAGAGUCGUGCAAAGGAGUCUCACUGCAACGAUUGUGGACAGUUUGGAAAUGAGGCCUCCCGGGGUCAGAAUACAAUGUUCCAAACAAUCUACCAAGAUUUUACGUAUAAAACACAAAAAUAACUGUUGCAUUUUGUCUGCAAGAUCUCUUGGUUUGUAUGGAAAUGAAGCUGGCUCUCUGUAUAGAAAAAACAUGAUCAUCCUCCAACAUUUAGUGUGCCAGAAGACAACAACAUUUGAGAGUGUGUGGGCUAAACAGUCAAAUUCGACAGUGAGUUAUGAAAAAGGAAGGAUUUAUUUUGAUAAUUACAGGUGCUGUUUCAGCAGCAUUGGGCCACGGCCUACCUUGCUAUAUGAAUUGCCCAAACGUCAUGAAUCAGAGAAGAUUGAGGAUGCGUUGCUCUGUGAGUGUCCUGUGGAAGAAAUGCUGCCCAAACCAUCAGACCAUAAGCCAUGUCUUAUAACUGUGACGGCAAGCAAUUGGCUCAUGCGUAUAUGCACCAGUACUGCAGAGAUUCUAGAAAAGGUGCAUCUCUCCUCUCAAUGGAAAUUCAGGUAUCUGGCAUGGGAAACGACUCGAGAGACAAUCGUAGUAAAGACUACACACAAUAAGUUGACACCCGCAGCUAGAGCGGCAGGAAUGCAACAGUCAGCUCUCUUCUAUCUCAUAUUGUUCAACGUUCUGCCUCUCACAUUAAUAGGAAUGCUGGAUAUCAACAAAAAGGUUUUUGGGAACAAUGUAACCGAUGCCACUAUUUCUGAAGGGUUGCUCAUUGUGACGUUUAGCACGGGCCUGGUCAGGUUUUACAGUUGUCAGUGGAUUACAGAAAAGUUUAUGCAGAAACAACUGGUUCUUGGAGAAACCUGUGAUUGGAAUGGCACAACUGGAAUCGUAGGCAUGGCUCCAUUUGGCAUUCCAUGCAACAUUCAGAUAACAGAUUGCCCACCUGUCCUGUUUGAAGUUUCCUGCCUUGAAAAUGCAUUGCAGAUUGGAGGACAACCCUGGCAUUACAUCAGUACUCCUAACAAGAGGAGCCAGAAAGGCAUCUACCAUAUCUGUGCUUUACAGGAUAAAACGCUGGCAGAAAAUGGGAUUCAGGAGAUGCAGUGCUGUUCACUGGAAACUGAUUGGAUCUAUUUUCAUCCUGAUACCUCUGGGAGGAUUAUGCACGUUGGACCAACACAAAUUAAUGUCUUACAGUUGACCAAGGUGUCUGAAGAUACGCAAAGGCGGCAGGUUCUACCAGCUUUUACCAUUUUUGCUGAAAGGGAAAAAAAGGUGGAGAGCUCAGAAACAGUCACGGCCUCCGGUCGAGUGGUGAAAAGACGGUUUACUCAGUUGGAUGAUGACCCGGAAUUCGAGACCUUUAAGAUGGUAGACUAUGAGGAUGAGCUGGACUUGUUGGCAGUGUUAACAGUGGGUGCAGCAAGGAACGAUGGAAGUGCACACCUCGAUCUUUACGACAACCAAACUGGCAUCUUAGUUAAGAGAGUUCCGAUAAAGGAACCUUGGGACGUUACGUACAGUCACCAACUCUUCGACAGAGAUACCAUUGUACACAUCGAACAACAGUCGUACCGGACUAUUUGUUGUCAUGUUUACAAAAUGGUUCAACAUUCGCCUGAUGAUGGAAAUAAAGAAUAACUCAUCCGAAAAAACGCUAACCUACAUAACUGCAGAAAACCUCUCACGCGACCGGAUUUCCCAG